CAUUUCUGGUAGCCAAAGCCCAACUUAAAGUCAAGUCAAAACCCUAACUUCAAUCGUCCUCCUCCCGCGUCCUCUUCCUCUCUAAACCCUCCAAGAAAACCAGAACCUUGUAGUUGUAGUCGGAGGCGCCUGUGUCAACCACCUCUCCUUCUCUGCUGCUGCUACUCUCGGUAAACUUGAAAUUUGAGCAGACAUGGUUGUGCUCAAGACAUAUCCUUCUUCCAUCAAUGGAAAUGAAAUUGAAGAUGAUGAUGAUUUAGACACAAUGGUGAGUGAUUCAGACUCUGAACUAGAAUCUGGAUCAGAAGAUGGUGAAGAAAACGACGACAUAAAGCUAACAGAACCGUCAAAGACUGCCAUCAAUAACAAGGAAGGUCUACUUGAAAAGCUUAGUGAGAUAAUCUGGCCCGAAGAUGCUGAUUGGAUGCACAAACUGUCAAUUGUUAUCGAUCAAGAACAAAAAGUUGAUGUGAAUGACGAUCUUGCUCGUGAGGCUUUGUUCUACACACAAGCAUUACAAGGAACAAGAGAAGCCUUUGCAAAGAUCGAAUCGAAAGGGAUCCCGUAUCUACGACCUUCUGAUUACUAUGCUGAGAUGGUGAAGACCGAUGCUCAUAUGGGUAAAGUUAAGAGCAAGCUUUUGGUAGAGAAGAAGCAAAUUGAAGAACAAGAUGAGAGGAGGAAAUCUAGGGAAGCUAAGAAGAUCUCGAAACAGGUUCAGGCUGAAAAGAUGAAGGAACGGGCUAAGGAGAAGAAGGAUAGCAUUGAGUCUGUUAAGAAAUGGAGGAAACAGAGGGAAAAGACCGGGUUUUCAAACGAUAAGGAGUCGUCCUUCGAGGAGAGUGGCGCGUUCAAAGGGAAACACAGAGGGCCACCUGGCGCAUCCCCGGGAGGUGGGAAGACGAAAAAGUUUGACGGGAAGGAUGGUGGUGGUGGAGGAGGGAAGCGUAGAGGGCCCCACGGGAUAGCACCGGGAGAUAGGUCUGGUGGGAAGGCGAAACAGUUUGAUGGGAAGGGUGAAAGGGGAAAUGACAGGAAGAGGAAGAGUCGGGAUUUUAAGGAUUCUAAGUUCGGGUAUGGUGGCAGGAAAGGCGGGAAGAAGCAGAACACCGCGGAAACAACCAAUGACUUCAAAGGGUUCAAUAAGAAUAAUAAGAAUAGUAGUAAUUCUCAUUCUGGUAAUAAGAGAAGGAAGCAAUUUUAGUUUUUGUUCUUGUGUUAGUCUUCUGCUGUUAGUUGUUAAGGGUUGAGUUGUACUGUGGCCCGGUUUUGGAGCCUGUUUGAUUUUGUAAAAUUACUUGCAGUUUAUGACAUUUUCUGAGAUUAUUGA